GCCUUUAAGAGUGGUCGGGUUGACCCUGCUAGGCACUGGUAGCCGCGUGGGCUGCUGGGAGUUGUAGUUUCGAGCCGCUCCAGGGUUUUCGGGCGUGGAGGCUCCAAAAGCUCAGGUUUGCCCUCCGCCUGCCCUUGCUAGUGCUCGGCCGCGGGUGAGCCGUUAUCGGCGGCCGUUCAGGACCGUUACAUCCCCGGCAGGUGGGAUAUCCUUCUGUCUGUGAUGCGUGACACCCCCCAGCUGCAGGCUUGAGUCCCCAGUGAAGAUGUUCUUGGUGGGACUGACUGGGGGCAUCGCCUCUGGCAAGAGCUCCGUGCUGCAAGUGUUCCAGCAGCUGGGCUGUGCCGUCGUUGAUGUGGACGUCAUUGCCCGGCACGUGGUCCAGCCUGGGUACCCCGCACACCAGCGCAUCGUGGAGGCCUUUGGCACUGAGAUCUUGCUGGAGAAUGGGGACAUCAACCGCAAGGCCCUGGGGGACAUUGUCUUCAACCAGCCCGACCGGCGGCACCUGCUUAACACCAUCACGCACCCCGAGAUCCAGAAGGAAAUGAUGAGGGAGACCAUCAAGUACUUCCUUCGGGGGUACCGUUAUGUGAUUUUGGACAUCCCCCUGCUCUUUGAGACCAAGAAGCUGCUCAAGUUCCUGAAGCACACGGUGGUUGUGUACUGUGACCGUGACACACAGCUGGCCCGGCUCAUGCGGCGAAACAGCCUGAGCCGUGAGGACGCAGAGGCCCGGAUCAAUGCCCAGCUGCCCCUGAAGGACAAGGUCCACCUUGCCAGCCAUGUCCUGGACAACUCAGGCGAGUGGAGCCUCACCAAGCGCCAGACGGUGCAGCUGUUCGCCGAGCUGGAGCGCUCGCUGGAGUACCUGCCGCUGAGGCUCGGCAUCCUGGCAGGGCUGGCCUGCGUCAUCAGCCUGCUCCACCUGCUCGUCCGUUGCCUCAUGUUGCAGUCCUAGGUGGCCUGACUCUGUCCUUUUCGCUCUCUUUUCCCGGCCCUAUGCCCUACCCUGGGGUCCCUCCCCCAUGCAGGAACAGCCCCACUGCCAUCAACUUCUCCUCAACUGUCCCAGGACAUCUGCUCCAUCUGCACCUUCUGCAAAGCAGAGCAGAGAACUGAUUGUGUAUCUUCCUUGGGGUGAGCUGAGGGACCCCAGGCUUUCCCAGGAUUUAAUCUGGAAGAGUUCCAGGGUUCCACUCUCUAAGCAAGUGUCCCAUCGAGGCCCAGCCCAAGAUGGGGAACCCUGGACACCACAGCCAGGCCAGUGGGGGGGGUUUUGGGAGCACCGUUCACCGGCCUGGCCUUUCUUCUGCAUGUCCCCAUCCUGCCCCAUCUCCACUCUUGUUCUGGCUUGAACAUGCUCGUCUGCCGGUUUCCUGCUGUCUCGACACUGUGCCUUUACCCUUGCCCUCUAACCUACAUUUCCUCCUCCCUUGCCCCCAAGGUGACUCUCAGGACACUGAUACCUUCUCCCACAUUUGCCCUGAUCGUCCACCUUGAGCUGGUGGUGGUGGGCUCCUGAGGGCAGGGACCUCACUGUCUUUCUUUGUUUCUGGUACUCAGCCUACCACCUCUGGUGCUGAAUAAAGUGUGUGGCGCUGAAGGGCCAUGUGUUCGAA